GGAAGUUUAUAACAACAUGCAACGCGAUCUCAUCACUCUCGGCUCUUGAAAUUUGAAUGAUGUUCUAUCAUAGAUUUGUUUUUCAUAAUCAACUAGCUUAUUUGCUUCAUCUAAAAUGGACGGAAGUAAGAGUAAACUUAUCAACAGCUUAUCCAAACUGAAGGCAGACGCUGUCAAAGCUGGGUUGACCUUGGCCGAAGUGGAACAUGUUUUGUUAGCGAAAUGCAGCGAUUCAGCCAAACGCGAGGGGCAUGCCUCUUCUCUUGCCGCCAAGGGUUCUGGCGACCACGCUUAUGGGAAUUCGGCUGGAUCUCGUAGCCUUCCGUCAGCUCUCAUCACCGUAUUCCUCCGUUUUCUAACACCGUUGCUGCUUUGUUCGGCGGGUGCCCUGUCGUGCCUUCAUUACUUUGGACAUCUCAGCAGUUUGACUGGCAUUCUCACAGAAAACCCAUGCUUAUUGGAAGCAAACCUCCUGCUAGUGGAAAUUUCAAGACCCAUCGAAAAAUGCGAUUUCUGCGAAGGGCUCACAUCCUUCCCAACCUACAGAGACAUCUCCCGCGAGGAUUAUCUGGACAUACAUGCCUACACCGGUCGACCAGCCCUUAUUCAAGAAGGAGGGACCAAAAAUUGGACCGCUCCGGAUGUUUUCAGCGUCAAGUUCUUCCAAAAUUUGUACAAGGAUAACGAAAGGGCGUUAGAGGCGCAGGAGAAUUGCCAGUUCUUCCCGUAUAAGUCUGGAAUCGAGUCAUUUGAGGAAUUUCUGAACAUGUCUGAUGAGAAAGCUGACUUCAAGGAGGAGCCGUGGUAUGUUGGAUGGAGUAACUGUGAUACUGUGAUCGCAGCCGAGCUUAGAAGACACUACACCCUGCCUCACUUUCUUCCCGAGGGUUCCGAGUCCAGUAUCACAGACUGGAUCUUUAUUGGAGGACCUGGACACGGGGCAAAUGUUCAUAUUGAUAGUGUGGACAGACCCUCGUGGCAGGCUCAAAUCCGUGGCUCCAAGACCUGGACCCUCAUCCCUCCACCAGAGUGUGAACACGUCUGUCAUGAAAUCAAUGCUACCAUGGUCAAAGGAAGUGUCAUUGUGGUAGACACCAACAGAUGGUAUCACAAGACGGAUAUCCACCCAGGCGGUAUCAGUAUCACCAUCGGUUCGGAGUACGAUUAACCGAAUCUGUCUGUCUAUCUUCUUUCCUUUCGGCGAUGACGAGCUAGGUUGACGGCAAGUUUCUCCUGCUGAACAUUGUGAUUCUUUGUUCUAGCUCUUUCGUAAAACAUUGUGAGUGCUAAACCAUCAAAAUAAUGGACAAUCCUUGUUGCUUUCUUUCGUCAGAAGAACGCUGUCAUAAUAAACACCACGGAAACAAAAUAAUAAUUACAUCUAGCUACGCUACUGGAGAUUUUGUCAUCGAACUGAAUACUUGAAAAUCAAUUUGUACUGUUUCGGGCCAUUUUUGUCGGCGCUCGGAGAGACAUUCCUGACCAAUGCGCGAUUUCAUUCCUUGGAUUCUGCCUCUGAAAAUGAGGUAUAAACAACUGGGUCGUUCGUGCUCGGUUUGAGUAUCAUUAAUUCUUAACGAUGACGUCCUCUAGUAUGUGCAAAGUAAAAGUAAAAAGGGGGAAAACAUUUUAGAGUCGUGAUAGAUUAACGACAUUAUUGACUUCCUUAUUAACUUCCUUUACCGCCGUCACCCUCAACACACAAACUCUACAACUUCUGACAGCGGAUUUCAGAGACCGUGUCGUGGUCGCCAUGUUGUCGAAGAUUCAUUCAACUUCCGUUAGAAUCAAUGAAAAAUAAUAAGUUGAUACUAAUCCUAAGUCAGGCCUAGUGUGGGGGUCAAUAUUUGACCCCGAUCAAUCGAUGUAUACAUAUAUAUGUAUAUACAUGUACAGAUAUUAUGUGUAUAUUUUCUUUCAUGUCAUAAUGACAAACAGGUGUUUGUGUUUUGUCUUUACGGAAUAGCAUAAAGAAAUAAUUUACAUCACCAAUCGGACGAACCUUUUCAGUGCCUAGCUUGUCAUAAAGCAAAGUGCCCAUUUCAACAAACAACCCAAAGCAUAUAAAAUGUAAAGUAUAACAUUCAUAAGCUUACCUAUUAUUUGAAAAAUAUGAUUCAAUGUCAUCUCAUGAACAUUUUGUAUAUUUACUAAAGUCAAUAUGUUAUUGGCUAUUCUACAGAUUCUAUUGAAUAAACAGUACUACUUGUAGUUU